CCUACAAAACAAAAUAUUUAUAUCAUUUGCGAGGAUUCUUAUUCAAUAUCAGUGGCUGAAAGUGAACACUCUGACAAAGCGAAAUCGAUAUUUGAUUAUGAUAUUUAAUGCUCAGUGCAUUUAUACUCUGUUUAAUUAAUGACUAGUGCUUAGUUUUGGAUCAUAUAGGAUAAUCCCCAAGAGUCACAAUGGGAGUAAAAGAUCGCCAGAAACACAAGGUCAGCAGGAAAAAGAAAACGGAAUCUGCCAGUGAUAUAUGGAGACGGGUAGAGCAGACCGGUUUGGACAACACUUUGAAAAAAAUCGCGACGGUGAAGGGUGAGCUCAAGGUCAUAUCGAGCAUUUCUUCCGAUGACGCGGUGAAUCUGUCUUCGGUGAUUACAGAAAUGAACGAAACACUUGGGAGUAUUCGGCAUUCCUUUGUAGACAAUGAGGCGGAAAUUUACGACGGUGACGAACACGAGUUGAAGUACCUAACAUCCAGCUGCCCAGCCAUAGUAAGCAUAUGGAGCCAGUUCAGCAUAUUUGCCUCCGACUUUGCCACCAGCUUUGUGCAGAAAAGUUGGUUAAACUCUUCAGAGCACCGACAAUUAUUAAACAACGUGGUUGAUUUGGCGGGAAACGCUGUCAAAUUAGUCGUGCUUGCUGUGGACACAUCGAAAUUCCAUAAUCUAGAUGAGGCAAGCGAGCUUCUAACGGCGUCCAGGAAAGAGUCCGAAGAUGUCAGUAAAAGUCUCCAGCAACAUGUGCCAAAUAUGUUGUCGGUGGGAGAGGGCCACUCUGCAGCCGGUGGUCUUUGGGAGCUGCUAGGCUGGAUGUUGUACGGUCUAAAACAUGUCACACAUCACGUCCUGCAACCAGACAUUGACAAGAAAGAACCAGACGUUGACCUCAGUAUGUAUGACGAGCUUACAGGGAACCUGUAUGGCCUUUUUCAAAUACUACCAGAGGAAUGGACCGCAAAAGCCAAGGAAGAAGCAAAACCUCCAAGCCCUCCUGCGCCUUCACAGAACAAGAAAAACAGUAAAAAGACCACUAAGACAGCUUCGAAAGAACCAAGCAAGGAGGUAAAGGAGGUGAGUAUCGCCCCUCCCCCGGAAGAAAAUAAUCAAAAAAGUGGCCGAGAGGGAUUUACCGACGCAGCAACCAAGCUAGGGACAGCAUGUGACCGCUAUACGGCUUCCUCGUGGGAUAAACAAUGCCUGCCAGUUUUACGAGGACACUCUGGAGAGGAAGUCCGAUUCCGGAUGUCAACAUACAAGGAGCUGGGUGGUAGCUUUGUGGAUCCAAGUCCUAUGGCGUUACGGCGGCCACUUCUGGAUUCACUGCAACUCACCGAAGACCAUACGCUUCAGUCGGACAUUUAUUAUAUUGGUCCAGAGGGUUUAAAGGUCACAGAAGAAGUGAUAGUCCAGUUUCCUCUGUUCAGUGUGACACCAGUGAAGGGCAUAUACCUUAUGGUCCGAGAUAACGGUGCCUGGAGUAAGGUUGAAGAUCCGGAAGUGCAGGUAACAUCAGAGGACGGUGCGGUUGUGGUGUUUCGCACCACAAGCUGUGAGGCGUUCACGGCGCUCAGUCAAAGCUGCCCAGAUCGAUUUGCAGCCGGUCCGGCGGGCGCGGAAUACGUGAGUUCCGAGCACAGCAAGGUGGGGGUCAUUGUGCCUAAGGACUGCUUUGAUACAGAAGUUGAAUUGGAUAUUAAGGUCGAAGAAUUCGACAAACAGAAGCACAGCUAUCACUUUAUCGGUAUUGAAUGUGCAUCUGUGGCUUUGACCAUCUCUUGUGGAAAUGACGUCAAGAUGUUGAAGCCAAUCACGAUCGAACUUCCGGUGGAAGUAGAUGAUAAGGAGAAGGACACUGACUUGGUUGUGGUCAGAUAUAACAACACAACAUGCCAGGUGCUAGACUACAAGCAGUAUGCGGUUAAGGGGACUAGCAAAGACGAUGUGUUCGCAGUUGAUAUUAAGGAGUUCUGGUGUGUUGCACUUCUACAUAUACGGCGAGUAUUCCUCAACAUGAGGGAAACCAUCAAGAAAGAAUUCCUUGUCGGCUAUGGGAAACGUGUUCCUUGCAAUAUCCUAACGUACAUUGACGACACAUCACGUGACAGUGAAUCCCAAAUAUUCGUAACGGAAAUUUUGGACACAUAUGCGGCGGACACAGAAGUGGAAACGAAACGGUCCUCGGGUAUUAUCGAGGUGAAGAAGAGCAGGUCAAAGGAUGUGUUCCUACAACGAGGGGAUUUGAUACGAGUAGAAAUAGAUGGUCAAAUGAGAAUCACAGAAGCGAUGUCGGAAGAGGAACAAACUAUCUGUUUUUUGCCAGGCUGCAGUAACUCGGUGUCGUUCCACACGGAGGUGAAAAGGGACCCAGAAAAGCUGCCUGAUGCCAUGCUGUUCUUCAAAACGGAGCCAGAACAAAGCAUUAUACACACCUUGGCUAUUUUGACCAGGGAUCUAUGCGAACAGGCUACUGAGGAAAUCACCGCCCGAUCCGGGAGCAAUUCUGCUCCGAACGAAAAUAAGAAGAACGAAAAGCGAGAGGAAGCUGCUGUAAACAUUCUGAAGAUGGAGAGCCUCAUGACGUUAGCGCGGGAACUGACAUUAAAUGAGGCCCGGGAACUAGGAAUUCAGUUGGGACUCAAACCGGACGUGCUCAAACGGAUACAGGAAGAGACGGAGAAGGACCGGGUAGCCUCAAAUUUCCAGAUAUUAUGUAAAUGGCGCGGCAGGUUUGCACGCGCGACAAUGGCAGACUUUCUGGUCUCCAGCCUGAAGGGGGUGGGGAAGGUUCAGUAUGCUGACAUUCUCGUCGACGUACGUCGUCUCAACAGGGGACUUGUUACAGAAGACUUCAGAAAAACAAAGUAUCCCGCACUGAAAAACUAGUGACUUCCAAAGCAAGGAUAGAUGCUCUUGAGAAGUAUGUGAAAGUUGCACGGCAGAAACUGGUGUUUGUUAGGAUUGUAUUAUUAUUAUUAUACAUGUACGUAUUAUAUAUUUAUUAUCUAAGCACAUGCGUACUUGAAAAAAUGGCUUUGUUUUUGAUUCAAUAUAUAUUUUUUAUCUCGAUGAAAUGUUUUAAAACGAUAUUUGCUUGACUUACCAUAUACCUAUAAGCUUAUUUACACUCAACAAUUCCGUUCCGAUUUUAUUUAUUUUUUGCUUAGUGUACAACACAUUAAUUCAUGAUGCAUAAGUGUUCCGUAAAAUGUUCUUAAUAUAAUGAUUUGUUUUCUACCUUUUGUAUGAAUAAAGUGUAAAAUAUUAUAUUGUUUAGUAUUUCGACACGAUAUGUUAAAGUGACACUCUUAUUCAAAAUUAGUACAUACACAUGUAUAACAAACAUAAUUUUUGAGUGGUAAACCUUUAACAACUUACUAAAUAAUGCAUUUAUGGAAAAUGUUAAUUACUGAUAGCAAGAUUAUAACCGUGUAUUUAAUAGCUGAAAAUGUAAAAAUAUUGAAUGGUUGAAAAAUGCUAAAAGAUUAACUGUGAUCUACUUUAGUCUCUUCAGGUAGAAAUGCCGUAUUUUAUGCUUAUUUCUUUUAAAUUAAACUCGGCAUCCUUCAUAAGAACCAUUGUUUUCGUCAUUUAUUCAUCCUUUUUGGAGUAUUAAAACAAUAGUAUAAAUUGUAGUUAACCUAAUGUGCGAGUAAGAGUGCAUCUUUAAUAUUCUGUUGUUGUUUUUUAAUAUCAUGCUAAAGACUUGUUGAAAUGUUUGUAUUCCUUGUUUCAUUCUGUGAUAUGACUACACACGUGCAUUUAACCACCCAAUGUUAGUGCUCAGUUUAUAUUUUGCUUUCGUUCCAUAUAAUGUAUUUUGUAAAGUACGUGAUACUUUGUGACAUUUAGACUUGAAGAAAUAUAAUAAAUAAUUCAACUUUA